GUUCCCUCCCGCAUACCUCCUCCCCUCGGCUUAGCUGUUUUGGAGCCUGAGGUUUCGGGCAGGGCCUUUUUCACUCCGCCGUCGGGCCAACUGCCCGUGGCCCAACUUCUUCCGAGUGAGGGGUACUGGCCCUCCUCUUUCUUUGAGGAGCCAUCGGCCUCCUCCUCGGUUUUUAACUUCAAUCUCGAUGGCCAAGGUUCGGGAGUUUUCCUUCACCCUCAGGUGUUCGUUCCCCCCUCGGCCAGCCCUACCUCCUCCUCCCCUGAGUGGGUCGAGGUUCCACGUUCUUCUCGACGGCAGCCCCGGAUUCUGUCUCUUGAGUCCUUGGUGGCGCCUCCCUCUCCUCUCACAGGGCCGGUUUACUUCCCACAGGCUUUCGCCUCGGCUUCCAGCCCUGCCUCGACCUGGGACCCUAAUUUCGCCCAGCCCUCCAGCUCGCCGAGCCGUCGAGGUGCCAGGCGUGACCGACGGCCCAAGCACCGCCACCGCCGGCUUCACAUGCCGGGCCUUUUCACCCAGCUCCAGGUCGAGAUGUGCGACCAGGCCCUGAACCCUACCUCUUCGGUUGAGCGCUACCUUGUUGAGUUCGCUUCUAAGGUUGAGGAUGCUAUUUCGCCGGGUUCUUCCGAGGAGUGGUUUUUGGAACAUGCCCUGGAUGCCAUCCAUGAUGACACACCUUCCCCCGCUAAGUGGCACCUCCUCAAGCAAAUGGCUCAGGUCCUCUCGCUGCAGCAUAAUACUCCCCACAGCCCCGCUUCCCUUAGGCUCCUGUCUGCCAAUGUUACUCACUGGAGGCCAGAGGUUCGGGACUGGGCCUUCUCUCUUGAAGGCCAUGGGGUUCUGCUCCAGGAGCUUCAUCUCACCUCUGAGGCUGCUCAUGAGGCUGCGAUUGCCGCCUCUAAAAGAGGGUUUCGCCUCUUUACCUCGCCUCCCUUCCUGAGUGAUAAGAGGCGCCCCUUGGGAGGUUUUGGUGUCCUCAUUCGCUCCUUCCUCAAUCCCCGUCAUGUCCUUACCCACACCGUGGAGGGUUGUGGUUUCCUGGCAGUUUCGCUUCGGUGUUCCGGUUUCGAACUGACCCUGGUUUCCAUCUACCUCCAGUCCGGUACUGGCUUUAACUCCCCGGUCAACGCCGAUGUCCUUGCUCGCCUCUUAGCCUUUCUUCCUUCCCUACGGGGUGUGUGGAUCGUUGCUGGUGACUGGAACAACCCCAUUCAAGAUCUCCUCGCCACUAGGCUUGAGGAAGUUUCCCAUGGGCGUUUCCUGGGUACCGGUUCACCCACCGCAGCAACCGACCGGGAACUCGACUACCUUCUGGUCUCGUCUCCGGCUGUCGCUUCCCUGCAAGUCGCUCAGGACUGGGUCGUUCCCUUCAAGCCUCACUGCGCUCUGCGGGCCACUCUUCAGCUCAGCUCUCUGCAGCUUCCUUACCCGCAACUCGCUACCUUUUGUGAGGUCUUUCCUGACCCCUUGCCCUUUCAACCCUCGGUCCCGAGCCCCUCGCCUAUCGCUGAGGUUAAUCUUCUUGGCCUCACAUCCACCGACAAGCUCACUCUCGACUUCGCAGAGCUGAGCUCUUUCCUUGAGGUCUCUCACGGGUUCCCCGACCGAGGGCGUGGGGCUUUUGUCCCCUUUCUUCACAAGCCCCUUGUCCAGGGCCACUCUGUUACCUUUGCCUGGAAAGGCCAGCUUCCCUCCUUGGUGUCAGCCUUGCUUCACCUUCUUGACCGACCCGAAGCUGUGCAGUCCCUCUUGUGGUCCUCUUCGGACACUUCCCUCCCCUCCGAGGUCCGCGCCUUUUGUGACCGGGUGAGCGACGGCUCUGCUUCUUCCGCCACCCUCCGCGCCGAAGGCACUGCCCUCCUUGGUCAACCCCGGCGCGAGCAGACUGCCCAGCAAGCUGACCAGUACGGUGAGUGGCUGGAGGAAGCUUCGAGUUCGCACCUGGGGCCGCUCUUUCGAGCCAUCAAGUCCCAUGAGCAGGUGCUUGAUCGGCCCUUUCAAGAUUGCGAUGGACUCCGCCGUGUCUUUGAAAGGCAUGAGCAUUGGGCCCGCGUCUGGGCCGUCUCCCAUUCUGGCACCCUGGCUCCCUUGACUGUUCCCCACCUUCAGAAACUUCUCAAGAAAGCCGGGAAAAAGAAAGGGGGCCCGGACGGCUGGAGCUACCCAGCCCUUCGGGCACUGGACCCGGCGGCUCUUCAGCUCGUUGCCGACUUCCUCGCCCGUGCUGAGGCUGAGGUGCUUCUGCCUUUCCAGCUCACCUGCGUCCAGGUCGCUCUUCUCCCGAAGUCGGCCGACAAGGAACGCCCCAUAAGUCUUCUACCGUGUCUUUGGAGAUUGUGGGCACGGGCUAGGUGGCAGGACAUCUCGGCUUGGACGUCAGCUUACGCCCCCGCCCACCCGUGGGACCGGGCGGUUCCAGGCCAGGCAAGCCUGGACACGGCACUGGCCCGCCUCGUCAGAUCAGAGCAUUCAAAGCUCGAGAAGACGCACAUAGUGUCGCUCUUCCUCGAUGUGCGAGGCUUCUUCGAUUCUGUGAGCUAUGAGCGCCUUCUCCUCCAAGGGCUCGCUCACAGUUUCCCUCCUCUUCACCUCUGGUUCGCCCUCCAGGUCUACCAGGGUCCUCGCUGCCUUGUGGCCGACUCGAUCGCUGCCACGCCGCUCUUUCCUGGCCGAGGCGUGCCCCAGGGCUGCCCUCUCGCCCCCUCGCUUUCCAAACUCACCAUGUCCGAGCCACUCCAGAAGGUUUCUUCCCUUCCCUUCGUCACCAACACAGACUUAUGGUUGGACGACGUGAGUUUAGACGUGGUGGGUUCCGACCCUGUCGAGGUCGCUUCCUCUGCGCUUCAGGCCUACCGGGUUCUUCAUAACUCCCUCGGCCUUGAGGGCCUAGAGGUUGAGACCACAAAGACCAAGUUCGUCGCCGGUACUGCCCGCGCUCGCGCCGCGCUUCAGCAGCUGCGGCGCCCGGGCGAACCCGACACCGCUGACCUUGUUAAGGACCUCGGUCUUGACUGCGCUGCUGGCCGACGGCGGCGCAUCACCACCGCCCAAAAGCGCUUUCGCACCGGCAUCGGCCGUGUCCGCCACAUGCGCCGCCUCCGCAUACGCCGCAGGUGGGUGCGCGGCCGGCUGCUCCAAGCCUCCGCCCUUAAGGCUGGCCUUUAUGGCCACCAAGCCGUGGGGGUUGCCCCUAAGCGCCUUAAGGUCUUACGCUCGGCGGUUGCGCGCGAGGCUGGUCGUUUCGAGCACGGCUCCGCCGACGUCAUCCUCGACCUCAUGUCCCACAAGGCCGUUGACCCACACCAGCUUGUGGUUGUGGAACAGCUCCAGGCCCUUGGGCGCCUUGCCUCCAGCGCCUCCCCCGAAGGCGUGCGGUUACUCACCCGCACUUGGGCCUCCUCCUGGUCCAGACAGGCCUCUGCCACCCACGGGUGGAAAAUUGUGAACGGUCCCGUUUCCGCGCUCAUCCAGUUCUUACUGGACUUGCGGGUGUCUGCCCCUACCCCUGAGGUCUGGACACACCGCGACGCUACCUUUCACUUCCGCUUCCGCGAUCCGGGAGCGGUUUUUGAGGCCUCUGCUUUCUUACGCCGGGUCAUACAGCUCGAGCGCUGGUCCCGUAUCGGCGCCGUCUCCACUGCCGCUGGUGCCGCCUUAGGCAUCGAUUGGACCGUGCCUCGUCGCCUCUUAGCCAGUCCUCGGACGAAGCCCUGGCGGCAUGGCCUUAGGGCCGUCUUUCAAGGCGCCCUCCUCCAUUCGGGCAACGGAGGGAAGGAACGGUGCAAGUUCUGUGGCGGCCCCAACACCCUGCACCACCUCCUUUACGAGUGCGAAAAAAUCCCCGGCGCCCGCGGGGUGGCUGCUGUCCUACAAGCGGCUGAGGUACGCCGUACAGGUCUCUUCCUCGAAGGCACCCCUGACCUAACCGGGCUCUGCGUUGCCACCGACGCUUCCGGAGGCCCUGCCUCCAAGGAUAGCCGACUCCGCUCGGUCGGCUGGGCUGCGGUUGUUGCCAGCAGGAAUGAUGGCGACCUUGUUGUGCUGGGCACCCUGUCCGGGCUCUUGCCUGCCCCGGCCUCUGUGCCGGAGGGCGAAAGCGAGGCCAUUGCUCAGGUCCUCCUCUCUUCCCGUGGCACUUUUGACCUCACUUGCGACUGCCAGCCCGCCCUGCGCAGCCUCCAGGGACCCUUCACGAAGCGCACCUCGCUUGUGUGGGCUAAGGCUUGGGAGCACAGGCACCGAGCCGAACCCCACUGGGUUCGCUCUCACCUUAGUCCCUCGGACUUUUGCUUUGAGUUUGGCGCUGAAGCCCUGUGGCGCCAUGAGCUCAACUCUCUUGCGGACAAGCUCGCCAGGGACCGCGCGGAGGAGGUUCAGACCCCACACCGUCUGGCCGCCCAGAAGGAGGUAGACCGUGUCACCUCCCUUGUUUGUGAGUAUCUCGGCCACCGCGCGGUCGCGAUUUUGGCCAAGGCCGAAAAGGAGGAUUUCGUGCCGCGGAGGAACCGCCUCCUCUCCGCUCUUGAGCCCUCCUCUUCCCCCUCGCCCAACAAGAGGCAGAGGUUGCAGGCCCUUCUCGACGAACCCCCUCUUCCGGGCGGGCACGUUUGGGCUCGCACCUCGAAGGAGAAGAGUUUCAACAUGUGCGUUAAAUGCUCCGAGUGCUCCCUCUGCAUCUAUCAGGUUGACACGCCGGAAACCUUCGAGCGUCUCAUUUCAUUCCCGGGCCGUCUUGGAAGUGUGGCCAGUGCCAUGGCCAAGUGUCGCUUCUCCUUCCCCGGCUCCUCCUCGGCAGCCGGAUGUGGGUUCCGCCUCCUCGGCUACCUGGCCUCCCCCAGGCCCUCCUGGUGCCUUGUCAAAGAAGGGUCCACAGCUGGAAGUGGUCCCCUUGAGACCCUCGCCUCCUUGGCUGAGGUUUCGGGUCUCUCCACGGCCCCGCCGGACCCUGCAGAGCCAGCUCUCGCUGGCCUCGCAGCGGUGACGAAGCUACGGACUCUCCAAGCUCGUCUCCUCGCCGGCCGGCUAGAGGUCCGGCUCCAGCUGCACGUCCGCCUUACCACGGCCUAUGUGGCCAAGCGAAGGAGGCAAGACGCGUCGGUCUUACUCUGUCUGCUCAUGCGGGGCAUGGAUCUGGCUCCGGAGGAGGAUACAGAAUUGCAGCGUACGUGGCGCCCUGGAGGGUUGGCAACGCGCCAGAAGCAGAAGGGCCAGAGGGGCAUCAAUCAGGACGGUACUGUGCACCGUGCACUGCAGUCAUUGUGGGAGAAGCUUGCUCCCGAUGUGCAGAAGGAACUGGCAAGCGCAGGGGUUAAACCCCCGGAACCUCCCAAAGAAGAUGACCUGCUCGCCUUGCUGCGCUCUCACGAGGCUGCCCUCCCACAGGAGGUUAAGGACAAAUUGCAUGAAGCAGAGCCCAAGGAGACUCCCCAGGAGGCAGCUGUGUGUGCAUCCAGGGAGUAUAAGACGAGCACGCUGCGGUUGCGUGAUCUGGGGCAUAAGAAAGUUCAGCUUCAGUCUUGCAUUGAUGACACGAAGAUGAAGCUACGCAAACAAUUGGAAUCCAUGAAAGAGUUGCUUUCCCAGAUUUCUGAAGCCCAGGCUGAAGUUGCCAAGGUCUCGGAACAGUUUAAGCAGGCUGUUUUGACGGAUCCAUCUGAGGAAGCAUCCGCUGAGGAUACCACGCUGUUGCAGCUGAUUGCUGAUGCUGGCAUCACUUUAACCCAAGAGCAGAUUGAUAAGCUGAAGUCUGUGGAGGAAGGUCAUGCCAUCAAGAAGCGCAAGCACGAUGCAAAGAGUCCUGAAGGGAUCACGUCAGCUCCGCCCGGUUUGGGGCAGGUGGCUUCUCAGGUCCCAGCGGGAGGUUCGGCGGGGUUCUCUCCGCCCGAGCUUCCAGGACCAGCGCGCUUUGUUAGUGCAAGAGAAUGGCUUCAUCCACAUGUUACGGCCACGGAGACCGACCAGGCGUCCCAAACUCAGCUUGGCAGUGCAAAUGUGAUUUCGGAUGAGAUCGUUGGCAGCUGCAAUUUCACUCAAGAGCCCUUUGCCUGCACUGCAUUCCGAAUCAAGAGGUGCGAAGUGGCCUGCACAAACGCUAUCAAUUUGAUGUACAACGGGUCCACCAGCCACGACUUUUCCCGUGGAGGUGCGCCGGUACGGCUGCACUCCACUCAUGCCUAUGUCCACUGCGAGGCUUUGUCCCCGUAUUCCAGGAAGAUUCGGCUAUCGAAGCAGCCACCCCAGCAGAUUUGCAGCGCAUCCGACUGUGUGCGUGUUGCGGCCAUCUGUGAUGCAGAGCAGUUUUGCACAGCGUGCUUGAUCAAGCGUGAUAGGACCCAGGAGGUGGAGGUCAUGACCCGGAGUAGGAGUGUUUUCCCGGAGGAGGUGGGCCGAAGGCCACAGGGUCCUGGGGGACCGGUUGGGAACACUGGCAUUUCAGGCCAAAUUUCCAUGCCCGAUGUGCGCCCUGCUGGCGGCACUCGGAAAAAUAAUGCCAAUUUGCAGUCCCGCCGUCCAGAUGCAAAACUGCUUGCUAUGUGGCAUUCAUUACAUCGGGCCUUGCAGCCUGUGACAGAGAAGGAGAUUGUAAACCUUGUAUCCCGGUUAGAAGAAGCUGGGUAUCUUCGGGAGGGCAGUUUCCCGCAUUUUGCAGCCGAUCUCGCUCUGCAGGCAUGCCACGGCGAUGACCCGGCGCCGGCCAUUUCAGCAACAGCAGAUGUCAUUGCCAAUCUGGGCAAGCCCGAUCGCGUCAGGAACCUCAAUAUCACUAGCGCCAACAUCACGAAAUGGCGCAAAGAAAUUGCAUACUGGAUGUCUGAGCAGGCGUGUGAUGCUUUUCUCCUCCAGGAAACCCAUCUUCCUGAGGAGAAAGGGGAACAGCUGGCCAAUGCUGUUGGUACCCGAGGUUUCCAGUCGUUCAUCCUCCCAGCCGUGGCCACAGGUAACGGUGGUUUUUCAGGUGGGUUGGCGGUGUGUGUCAAGAAGCACCUUGAUGUUCGGGAGGUUACACAAUUUUCGCACAAAGGGGCGGGGUUCCUUUCGGUUGCCAUGAGGGUCAAAGGGACCGACCUUUACUUGGUAAGCGUUUACUUAAAGUCAGGUGAAGGCUUCCAAAGCCCCACCAAUGCUGCUGUCCUCAGCCGUCUCAUUCCCUUCCUGGCAUCAGUUCGUGGUUCCUUCCUUGCUGCCGGGGAUUUUAAUGAUGAUUUUGAGACACUUGCAACGACCAACAUUGCAGCUGAAUCCAAAGGUGCUUGGAUCGCACCUGAGGGGCCCACUAUUGCCAGUGGAGGCCGUCUUGAUUUCGGUCUUGUGUCGAGGUCUCUGGCACACUUGGUUGGGGUUAAAACGCAGUGGCUUACGCCCUUCAAGCCUCACGCUGCAUUGGAGUGGGAAUGCCUGGUCUCGGAUGUCAUCCUUAACAUCCCUCAACUGAAGCCCUUUAAGCCGCUUCCCGUCAAUGAGCAGCCUUUUGAAAUUCGGCCUGUCGAUCAGCAGCUUCAUGUACUCGGGCUGUCCCCACAAAAUGCCACGCUGACCCAACAGUUUGGAGAGCUGUCUUCAGCCGUGGAGCGCUCGGUCUUUGGCCAGGUAGGCCUAAAGGCGGGUGGUGUGGCCACCAAUAUUGCAGAAUUUUGGCAUGGCACAGAGGACCAAUCGCAACAUUUCAUCGACCUCAUUGGCUCCGACACGACAGGGCCUUCCUUGGAAGUUGUUGCGACGCUUUUGCCACAGGCCAAAACGCAGUUGACCCAGAUCACAAAGGAGCGCAUUUAUUUGAAGUGGCGUCAAUGGCACGAAGUGUGGUGCAACCCUGAUGCAGGUGAGGUUGACAGCAACUUGGCGGAAGAGGUUAGGAGGCGAGCCAUCGCCCAGGCUCAAGCCUUACCUCCCAUUUCAGUGCAGCGGGCCACCGCGUAUUUUCGUAAAGCAGCCAAAAAGGCCCCAGGCAUCGACGGGUGGUCGGCUGACAUGCUUCGUAACAUGUCGGCUGAGACCACACAAGCUGUGCUCAACUUCUUGCGUACUUGCGAGCUCCAGGCGGAAUGGCCAGCCCAAAUCGCAGUAGCUCUUAUUUCCCUUCUUCCGAAGAGUGCUAAGAAGGAAAGGCCAAUAGCCCUUCUUCACUUCCUGUACCGCUCUUAUAUCCGUUUACGGUGGAGCCUCAUAGAGGAGUGGCAAGUCAUGUACUCCAAAAAAGCAGUAUGGGAUAAAGCAAUGCCAGGAUCCCAAGUGCUUGACGUUGCUUUGGGACGUUUAAUGAGGGGCGAGGCCUCCAGGCUCGCCAAGUCCCACAUGGUGUCCAUUUUUAUGGACUUAGAAAAUUUCUACGAUCGAUGCAGGUUCCAAGACAUGCUCCAGGCAGGAUUGGAACUCGACUAUCCGCCAUUACUUUUGCAUCAGGCCUGGCUUGUGUACUCAGCUCCCAGAUUCUUGCAGUCUGAAGGUGCUUUGGCACCACAGAUCACACCUACUCAAGGUGUGCUGGCAGGUUGCCCAGCCGCGCCAUCAAUCGCGAAACUCAUCAUUCACCCGAUCGCGGCUUCCAUUUCUUCUAAGACAGGCACCACGAACUUGGAUGUUUGGGUGGAUGAUCUUAGUUUAGAUACGGUUGAUUUUUCAGCGGACACUGCGGCGCGCACCAGCAUCAAACUCUUCAGAUCCUUGCGGUCGUCUUUGCAUGCAAGAGGUGCCAGCAUUUCCUUGGACAAAACUUGCUUUGUGGCUACCUCCUCACAGACAGUCGCGGCACUGAAGAAACAUCGCUGCCCAACAGAUCCGGAGAUCAAGCCCUUUGUUUGUUUGGCCAUCAGGCGAUUGGAGUUUCGCCGAAGCGCCGCAGAUGGUAUCGCACCAUCACCGCCAAACACCUUGGACGUCAAAAAUUGGGUGGGUGCAUGGAGCCACAGCGCUGCAACUGCAAUGGACUUCGCGUGA